AUGCAUGACAUGAGCAUUGUUGAAGAGGAGUUGAAUGAAAAUACCUUCAACGACCCCAUGAACAGUGUAAUGGGUGGUGCGCUGAAGGGAGCACAGGUAAUUGAUAAUCUGCCAACUAUCGGGAUCGCUGAGACUGUGCACGACCUGCCUGCCCCUGAAGUCCCUUCUGAUGAGCCCCCAAGUCUCGAGCUGCCAAUUUUGCCAGGCCCUCAGAAGGUCCUCAGUGAGGAUGACAUUGUUGGCGUCAGAGCAUCAGUGCUCUAUGAGAACUGCUUGAGGCAGCUUGUCACAUUUUUAAUUCUGCCCGUGGACAGAUGCACUGGUGUAUUGAGGACUGGUUUGGUGUGUGACAGUGUUGCCCCCUUUCCAACAAACAUCGCCAUCAGGGGCACUGCAAUGAGCGUUGAAUGGAUCUGCCCCAAUGGACAUUGCCUAUGGCGGUGGAACUCCCAGCCUGUGUUGAAGUUUGGCAUGCAGACUGGGGACUUUCUUCUUUCCACAAACAUCUUACUCUCCGGAAACAACUACACUAAAGUUGCUCUCCUCCUCAAAUUCAUGAACAUGCGAAUGGUCAACCCUAACACACACUUCACCAUCCAGGACAGCUAUUGUGUUGACCCUAUAAAAACAUUCUGGGAAGAGAAGAGAUCUGAGGCCAUCAGCCGACUUCAAGGGAAAGAUGUGGUACUCCUAGGUGAUGGCAGAAAUGACUCACCAGGGCAUUCUGCACAAUACUGCAGCUACACGACCAUGGAGCUUGACUCUAAGGAAAUUGUCUAUGUGGCCACUAUAGACAAGCGACAGACCAACUGGAACUCCAAUAUCAUGGAGAAGGAGGGUUUUAUCCAGACUGUGGACAAGCUUACCCAAGACCUAAAGGUAGUGGAGUUCUGCAUGGAUGCUCAUGUCCAGAUUGCAGCCCUUUUGAACCCAGACAAAGGCAGAUAUAAGGAUCUGAGAAUUCACCACAGCCUGGACAUGUGGGCAGGAAAGGUGAAAGGACAGUCUCUUCUCAUUCACUGGCUGAGGGAUAUAGUUAACCAUUUCUGGUGGUGCUGCAAGACAGCAGAGACAUUUCAGCAGUUUCUUGCACUUUGGAUUGGAGUUCUGCAUCAUGUUUGCAACAAUCACACCUGGGAAACGGGAAGCUGCCAACACGAUCACCUUGAAGACACUCAGGGUAAACAGUGGAUUGAGAGAGAUUCGAAGAGCCACAAAGCACUAGUGGACAUCGUCCUCAACAAACGCUGGCAGAAGGAUGUCCACAAGUAUCUGCGCUUCAGAUCAACUGCACAUCUUGAGUCAUUUCAGAAUCACAUUCUGAUGUAUGCCAGCAAGCGCCAGGCCUUCACUCCCCGAGUGUAUGACUCAAGAGUUGUGCUCGCAGCUCUGGACUACAAUUUCCACCGCGAACAGCCAACAUACCGGACAGCAGAGGGCCAACAAUCUUAG